AAUGGUACUCGACCGAAAAACAAGUGAACGUCGCCAAUCCUUUGCAUGAAGUUUUUGCAAAAAUGUCUGGCCCUUUAAGAUUUUUAAUUGUUUUAUGUGUUUUCGCUUUCGUGGCAUCCAAGGAGUUGCAUGAAAAACUAACAUUGGAUGCCAAAGAUAAGGACGACAAAGGUUUUAUGAAUUUAUUCAACAACCAGGACGAUUUGAACAAGAAUGAACGGUAUGCUCGACAUGUGAAAGCAGUUUCGGAGAGCGUUCUCGAUCAUCUCUUUAAUGAAAUAAGACAACAAUACAAUAGUCCGAAUUAUAACUCGAACAGCCCAAUUCCACGGCUGAUGAAGAAUUUAAAUAGAGAACUGAAAAGAAAAGAACAAAGCAAACUUCAGAAGGAAAAGGAAAAGAGAAAGGGAGUUGGUAAGAAAAAGAAUAAAAUAUCCAACAAAAGGAGAAUAAGGAUCACGACAAAAACGAACUAAAUGGAGCCGAUGUGGCCGAAUAUGAUGUUUAGGGGAAGUUUUAAUUUAUUCAUCACGCAAUAAAGUAUAAAAUGUACUGUUCCA